AUGGAUGCAAAAAUUGAUAAGGUUGCUCAGUCCAACCAAGCAUCCAUUCAUAAUUUAGAGAUGCAAGUAGGUCAAUUGGCUAAAUUGGUUGCCGAAAAGGAUCGAGGUAAGUUUCCUAGUACCACUGAAAUAAACCCUAGGGAAGGAGCUAUGGCUGUCACGUUGAGAAGUGGUAAGAUAUUGAAUGAAAUUAUGAAAGACAAUGAACCCACGAGGGUUGAGAAAGAGAGUGAUAAAGAAGAGGAUCAAGUGCCUAAAGAGAAUUCUAGUGAUCAAAACCUCAAUUCCUCUAUAAUUAAUAUUCCUUUUGCAGAAGCACUUGCCAAUAUGCCAUCUUAUGCCAAGUACAUUAAGGAAAUUGUGUCUAAUAAAAAGAAAUUGGAAGAGUUUGCUACUGUGCAUUUAAAUGAGGAGUGUGCCGGUAUUAACCUUAUGCCUUUAAAUCUUUUCCAUAAGUUGGGAAUAGCUGAAAUGAAGCCAACAACAAUCUCUCUUCAACUUGCUGAUAGAUCAGUCAAGUACCCGCUUGGAGUAGUGGAGGAUAUAUUGGUAAAAGUUGGUAAAUUUUAUUUUCCUGCUGAUUUCCUGAUUCUUGAUAUGGGUAGUGAUACAGAUACAUCUCUUAUACUUGGUAGGCCAUUUUUGUUGACAGGAGGAGUAUUAAUUGAUAUGCCUUUAGGGAAAUUGAUUUUUAGAGUAGGUACAGAAAAAGAGGAAUUCUCUAUCUCUAAAGCUGUAAAAUUACCAACCUUUGAUGAAUCAUGUCUUUUUGUUGAUGUUAUUGAGAAACCUUUAGAAGAAGAAUUUGUUAAGAAUUCACCUAGUGAAACACCACAUCAACUUGAACUUAAACCACCUUCAUUGCGGUUCAAAUACGAAUUUUUUAGUAACAAUGAUACUUUUCUUAUGUUUUCUUAUGCUGAUUUACUUCAUGCAAAAGAAGAGAGAUUGUGGAGAACAUUGACUAAAGCUUGGCAUGACAAAAAUAAUUUUUGGAGAGAAUUCAAUGUAGGGCAAGAAGUUUUGUUGUCUAAUUCUUGUCUUAAGCUUUUUCUAGAGAAAUUGAAGUCUAGAUGGUUUGGUCCUUUCAUGGUCACUAAAGUUUGUUCGUAUGAGGCCAUAGAGAUUGAAAGAGAGAAAAAGAGAUCAUUCAUGGUUGCUUCACCAAAAGGCAGCCCCGGAAGAAACUGGCAACUAACAGGGAAGUUUCCUGUUUAUUUUAUUUUCUCAUACUUGCUUUUAUAUUUAACAUUGAGGACAAUGUUGAGUUUGAGUGUGGGGAAGGUAAAGUAA